CUCACGUCUCCCCGGAGGCUGUCCGUGCAGGCCACACACAUUGCUCCCUACCCCUCACGCGACCUGCGGUGGUGCAUUGGUGGGUGCAGUGCAGAACAGGACCGUCGCCGAUACUCGCAGCGCCGCGCAAAGGGAGCGUUGGCACGCGCCGCUGUCGUGCGACUUUCACGUGCAAGUGCAAGACGCUGGGCUAUAACAGCUACAACAGCCCGACCGGACGCAGCGACGCUCUGCGCAGCGCGCCACGAUGCCGACGCUCGACCAGAUCGUAAAGGGCGCCCCGCCUCCCAACACGUCCGUCGACGAGGUCGCAGCCUCCGCAUACGCAAGCCCGCCGCCGCACAUGGCCGCCUUGCAACACCCGCUCCCACACCACGUCAUCGACGUCAAGCCACCGCGUCCGCCGACGCUCAGCGACCCCACGUCGCUGCUGCCCAGCUCGCCGCCGCAGAUCUACCUCAACCUGCUGAUCCUCGAAGCCAGCCUGCGCAGCCAGUACCUCACCCUGCGCGCCCGCCGGCGCCAGAACACAUUCGUCCUGACCCUGCUCGCGCUAUGGAUCGCCUUCUUCUUCUACCUGCUGUGGCUCCGCCCACGCGAGGACGGCAAGGGCAUCGGCGGCUCGCAGUACUGGCUGCUCGACAUGCUGCAGAAGGUCGGCUUCAUCACGGGCGUCGUCACCGCGCUGCUGUUCUGGGCCACGGGGCAGUGGGAGCGCGGCGUGCGCUGGCCACGGCGCUGGAUUGGCGUAGCCAACCGCGGCCUGCGCGGCAUGAAUGCAAAGAUUGUCGUCAUCCGCGGGCCCUGGUGGCAUGAGCUCGUCGAGUGGGCCCGCUUCAUCGAGCCCUUCUCCGGCGGCCUGUGGGGCGGCGAGCAGGGCGGCAGCUCGUACCACUUCAUCAACGUCGUGCAGGAGAAGAACCACGCCCUUGACACGGGCCGCCCGCGACACAGGAUCGUCGAGGAUGGCAAGGAGUACGCCGAGGAGGACAUUGCAAUGGGCGGCGACUACAUCAAACUGCUGCUACUCCCCAAGCCCUUCACGCCAGACUUCCGCCAGAACUGGGAAAUGUACCGCACCGAGUACUGGGAACGCGAGAACGAGCGGCGCCAGGAGCUCAGGAAGCGAGUGCGCGCCCGCCAGCGUGAGAUUGCGCGUGAAGAAGGCGGCAUCUUGUGGUGGACUGGCUGGCGAGGCUGGAAGCGCGCCCGCGGAUUCUCGGGUCGGAGUGGCGACGUCGAGAAGAGCGGGCACGCACACGUCCACAGCCACAGCCACAGCAACAGCUUGAGCGCAAGCAACUCACACCGCCGCCGUCGACCCAGCACCCUCACCCACGCCCGAGACGGGAGCCACUCACGCACCUCCUCGCGCAGCUCCACCCCCGGCCCCGACGACGAGCGCCUGCGGCCCCUCGAGUCGCGAGAGCGCCGAUGGAGCACCAGCACCGCAGGCAGCACACGCUCUGUCUCCGCACCACGCGGCAACACAAUCACCCAAGGCAACGCUGCGUCCGCGCGCCAGCCUCCCGCGCGACCACACCUGCCCGGCAGCACGGGGAGCGGCAACAGGCCCGGCACGCGGACGAGCAUGCUGAGCAACGCGUCAAGUAUGAGCGAGCUGGAAGACGGCGGGUACGAGGCCACCAACGAGAGCAAGCCGCGCCCACAAAUCAGGAGGAAAGGGAGUCGCGAAAGCGGGAGCGGGAGCGGGAAGGAGGCUGCGAGUGCGUAGCGAAGACUGCGUUGGACGCGUUUCGUUGAUGUUGAUGAUGAUGACGAUGAUACCACUUUCACAUUUACACGCUCGUGCGAGCGAGCAUGAAUGCAGAUACGAUCCUACAAUGCUGCUACCAAACUGUAAUUGCGACCGUC